GCCUUCUCCUGUAGGUUGGACGUGACAAAUAUGAGCCUGCGGCCGUUUCCGAGCAUGGCAACAAGAAAAAGGCCAAGAAGGAGAGGGAUAUGGAUGAGCUGAAGAAAGAAGUGUCUAUGGAUGACCAUAAACUGAGCCUGGACGAACUUCAUCGCAAAUACGGAACAGACUUGAGCCGCGGCUUAAGCACUGCUCGAGCUGCCGAGAUCCUGGCCCGCGACGGUCCCAACGCCCUCACUCCCCCUCCCACCACCCCCGAGUGGGUCAAGUUCUGCCGGCAGCUGUUCGGGGGGUUCUCCAUGCUGCUGUGGAUUGGAGCCAUUCUCUGUUUCUUGGCUUAUGGCAUCCAAGCUGCCACGGAAGAGGAGCCUCAGAACGACAAUCUGUACCUGGGUGUGGUGCUGUCUGCUGUCGUCAUCAUCACCGGCUGCUUCUCCUACUACCAAGAAGCUAAGAGCUCAAAGAUCAUGGAAUCCUUCAAAAACAUGGUUCCGCAGCAAGCCCUGGUGAUCCGCAACGGUGAGAAAAUGAGCAUCAACGCGGAGGAGGUGGUGGUUGGGGACCUGGUCGAAGUGAAAGGCGGGGAUCGGAUCCCUGCUGACCUCAGGAUCAUUUCUGCCAACGGCUGCAAGGUGGAUAACUCCUCGCUGACUGGGGAGUCGGAGCCCCAGACCAGGUCUCCCGACUUCACACACGAAAACCCCCUGGAGACGAGGAACAUCGCCUUCUUUUCCACCAACUGCGUUGAAGGCACUGCCCGCGGCAUCGUCGUGUACACCGGAGACCGCACCGUCAUGGGGAGAAUCGCCACGCUGGCCUCUGGGCUGGAAGGCGGCCAGACGCCCAUCGCUGCAGAAAUCGAACAUUUCAUCCAGCUCAUCACGGGGGUGGCCGUGUUCCUGGGGGUGUCCUUCUUCAUCCUCUCCCUGAUCCUCGAAUACACCUGGCUCGAGGCCGUCAUCUUCCUCAUCGGAAUCAUUGUCGCCAAUGUGCCCGAAGGUCUGCUGGCCACCGUCACGGUGUGUCUGACCCUUACUGCCAAGCGCAUGGCCCGGAAAAACUGCUUAGUGAAGAACCUGGAAGCCGUGGAGACGCUGGGGUCCACGUCCACCAUCUGCUCCGAUAAGACCGGGACCCUGACGCAGAACCGCAUGACGGUGGCCCACAUGUGGUUUGACAAUCAGAUCCACGAAGCCGACACGACGGAGAAUCAGAGCGGUGUCUCCUUCGACAAGUCCUCAGCCACCUGGCUCGCCCUGUCGAGAAUCGCAGGCCUGUGUAACAGGGCCGUGUUCCAGGCCAACCAGGAAAACCUGCCCAUCCUGAAGCGGGCGGUGGCGGGCGACGCCUCCGAGUCGGCGCUCUUGAAGUGCAUCGAGCUGUGCUGCGGGUCCGUGAAGGAGAUGAGAGAGCGGUACCCCAAACUCGUCGAGAUACCCUUCAACUCCACCAACAAGUACCAGUUGUCCAUUCACAAGAACCCCAACACGGCUGAGCCCCGGCACCUGCUGGUGAUGAAGGGGGCCCCCGAGAGGAUCCUGGACCGCUGCAGCUCCAUCCUGCUCCAGGGCAAGGAGCAGCCGCUGGACGAGGAGAUGAAGGACGCCUUCCAGAACGCCUACCUGGAGCUGGGCGGCCUGGGCGAGCGCGUGCUGGGUUUCUGCCACCUCCUCCUGCCGGACGAACAGUUCCCCGAAGGGUUCCAGUUCGACACGGAUGAGUUGAAUUUCCCUGUGGAAAACCUCUGCUUUGUGGGGCUCAUCUCCAUGAUCGACCCUCCCCGGGCUGCCGUCCCCGACGCCGUGGGCAAGUGCCGGAGCGCUGGGAUUAAGGUCAUCAUGGUCACCGGAGACCAUCCCAUCACAGCCAAAGCCAUUGCCAAAGGUGUGGGCAUCAUCUCCGAGGGCAACGAGACCGUGGAGGACAUUGCCGCCCGCCUCAACAUCCCCGUGAGCCAGGUGAACCCCAGGGACGCCAAGGCCUGCGUGGUGCACGGGACGGACCUGAAGGACAUGACCGCCGAGCAGCUGGAUGACAUCCUCAAGUACCACACGGAGAUCGUGUUCGCCAGGACCUCCCCGCAGCAGAAGCUCAUCAUCGUGGAGGGCUGCCAGCGGCAGGGCGCGAUCGUGGCUGUGACUGGUGACGGUGUCAACGACUCUCCAGCUUUGAAGAAGGCGGAUAUUGGGGUUGCCAUGGGGAUCGCCGGCUCCGACGUGUCUAAGCAAGCCGCCGACAUGAUUCUCCUGGACGACAACUUUGCCUCAAUUGUGACUGGAGUCGAGGAAGGUCGUCUGAUCUUCGACAACUUGAAGAAAUCCAUCGCCUACACCCUGACCAGUAACAUUCCAGAGAUCACCCCCUUCCUGAUAUUUAUUAUUGCGAACAUUCCGCUGCCUCUGGGCACCGUCACCAUCCUCUGCAUCGACCUGGGCACGGACAUGGUUCCUGCCAUCUCCCUGGCCUACGAGCAGGCUGAGAGCGACAUCAUGAAGAGACAGCCCCGAAACCCCAAGACGGACAAGCUGGUGAACGAGCGGCUGAUCAGCAUGGCCUACGGGCAGAUUGGUAUGAUCCAGGCCCUGGGGGGCUUCUUCACUUACUUUGUGAUUCUGGCUGAGAACGGCUUCCUCCCGAUCAACCUGCUGGGCAUCCGCGUGGACUGGGACGACCGCUGGAUCAACGACGUGGAGGACAGCUACGGGCAGCAGUGGACCUACGAACAGAGGAAGAUCGUGGAGUUCACCUGCCACACGGCCUUCUUUGUCAGCAUCGUGGUGGUGCAGUGGGCCGACCUGGUCAUCUGCAAGACCCGGAGGAACUCCGUCUUCCAGCAGGGGAUGAAGAACAAGAUCCUGAUAUUUGGCCUCUUCGAGGAGACGGCCCUCGCUGCUUUCCUUUCCUACUGCCCUGGGAUGGGAGUCGCCCUGAGGAUGUAUCCCCUCAAACCUACCUGGUGGUUCUGUGCCUUCCCGUACUCUCUCCUCAUCUUCGUGUACGACGAAGUCCGAAAACUCAUCAUCAGGCGAAGCCCUGGAGGCUGGGUGGAGAAGGAGAGCUACUACUAGCGCCCGUCCUGCACGCCGUGAGCAUCGUGCCACUCUCUGCACCCUCACCCACCCCUUUGUGUACUUCAGUCUCAGGACUCAGAACUCCACCCUGGUAGGAAGCACCGAAGCAUGGGGAAAGCGAGCCGUCCUGGAAUGAAGCAUGUAGCUAUAUGGGGGGAGGGGGGGGGGCUGCCUGUCAAACAUCCGUCUGUGGGAACGACAGCGGGGAAGGUUUUUACGUGCCUUUUUGUUUUUGUAAAAAGGAAAUCAUGGAGAGACCGAAAGAAUACAUUUUAUAUCUGGAUUUUUACAAAUAAAGAUGGCUAUUAUAAUGGAA